AACAAAACAAAGACAACUUGAAACACACAAAAAUCUAUUUUAAUAUAAAAUAAAUACCAAACAAUGUCUAGUAUAUUAAAUUCACAUAAUAAACAACCAUUUAAAGUUAUAGAAGUACCUCUAAGCAAGUUCAAAGAUGAGAUAAUCCCACAUCACCAGAAUGUUUUCGAAAGUUACAAAUCGAAUAUAAAUAUGUUAAUGGCUAUCUCCGAUGAACAACAACUUAGAAAGGAAAUUAAAGCGAAGAAACGAAACGUAAAGCAACUAAGGGAUCUUAUGUACGAGUUGGAUACUCUACGAACGCAAGUUGAGGACGAAAACUUAGAUCAAUUCGAUACAAAAACGUUGUCUUUAAGAAAAAUAUUACUUAAUUUAAUUAGUGGAUAUUCGGAAUUGGAGAAAAUGGUGAACAAUACCUUAACCAAUGAACAAAGUAACGACAAUAUGGGUAAAGAGAACCAACAGCCAUUCGAAGGAACUAGUCACAUACAAAUUCACGCGAACAUUGAGGAUAUUAAGCUGAACGAACGCCUAGAAACGCUCUCGAAGGUCGAGAACAUCAACCGCGAUGUAGAAGAUUUACAUGAAAUGUACAAAAAUUUACACGAAAUGGUCGGAACCCAGGCCGAGAGUGUCGAUCACAUAGAAAAUUGCGUCGAAGACGCCCACCAGAACGUCGAAAUCGGCACUAGGAACUUAUCUAAAGCUCACAAAUUAAAAGCGGUGGCGUAUCCGGUUACAGGGGCAUUUCUAGGUGGAAUAAUUGGUGGCCCGAUUGGACUGGUCGCAGGGCUAAAAGUGGGGGGCGUCGCGGCGGUGACGUGCGCCAUAGCUGGCUACACGGGUGGUAGGUGGUUCAAGAAGAAGACCAUCGAGAACUCCGAUGAGCCAGAAAUUCCAAGUGUAAACGAUGAUGCUGAUAACAAAAGUGAUCCGGUAAAGAAGGAAAUUUGACGGUGUGCUUUAUGUUAGGUUUAGUUAUGCUUAACAGUUUACAUCACAAGCAUUUUUUGGUUGUAUUUUUAAUUUUAAUCGAAAUAGCUUUUUGGAAUAAAACUUUUUUUCAAAUAAAUAUAAAUA